AUUUAUCGUUUAUUGUUAUGGAUGUAAUUAACAUCAGCUAGAGACCCUAGACGAGUAGCCAUCUUUACUAGACUAUACGGGGAAAAUUAAUUUUAGGAUAAAUUAAUUUAUUUCAUCGAAAGGUUCGAGUACUGGAGGUUGUCAUCAUAUGGGGGUAGUUUUCCCCUAAUUUAUUUUUUCUCAAAUAUUUUCCGAAGUUUUUCUCCUCACAGGGUUCGUGAAGUGAUCUCUAGGGGUUCCAGGGGGGGGGCUGCCCACUCGAUCGGUAAGUGGGAAAUUCGUCGAUAACAUGUUCUAAAAAUAUUUUUUUUACAUCUCUAUAACACAUAGUUUGUGGUUAAAUUAAUUGUGCGAAUCUGCCACCUGCAAUAAACACAAGAUUUGUGACAGAAGAGCAAACUUGGUAAAUAAAACUAGAAAAAUUCCGAACUCCAAGAAAAAAGGUCCGUUCAACAAUCGCCAACGAACCAAAAAUCGUGUAAACUCAAUAUCAUUGAAAAUUAUCUAUAAAAAUUCUGUGAAAAUACCAUGCUGUCAAAUCAGCAGUGACUCGACGACAGUAACUGGGCCAGGGUGGAGGAACAAAGCUAGAGGAACAAAUUCCUGGAUACAUUGUUUCAAUUAAAAAGCAAUCGUGAAUACGAGAGGCACAUGUGUGUGUUGCUUGGAGAAGAAUUUUGCACGAAAGAUGUCGGUGACAGAGGAGAGGAUCCAGGAGCUUGAUAGGAGCUUCCUAGAGUUCAUGAGAACAUCGGAUAAUGUUGACAUAGCAUCUCAAGAGAUUUAUGAUGAUCUCUUGGACGAGGUGCUCAUGGGUUUUGUUUUUGAUGUCCAUAGAACUAUCAAGACGGGAAGCUCCGAUGUGGAGGAAGGAAUCCCUGAUGAUGAGUCUUAUGCUAUUGUUGAUUCUCCAGGUCUGGACGUUUUUGGUCAGCACCCAAUAAAAAAAUCCCAGGAAUGCAACUGUCCAAACUGUGAUCGAGGUGUAGCAGCCUGCCGUUUCGCCACCCACCUUGAGAAAUGCAUGGGGAUGGGAAGAAACAGCUCUAGAAUAGCCUCACGAAGAAUAGCAAACAGUUCAAAAGACCUGAGCAAUUUCAGUGGUGUCAUAAGUGACGACGAGGAUGAUGCAGACUGGAGUGUCACCAACGACAAGAGAAAGAGGAGAAAAGACAGAAAUGGAAUAAAGAGAAGCAAGACUCAGAAGACCCAGAGGAAUGGUGAUACUCCCGAGAUGCAGACGAGCAAUGAGAAUUCACCAUCGAACUACGAGAACAUGUCGAUCGAGGACAAGAGGGCACUGUUGACCCAGAUAUGUGGAGUCAUUUCUGAGCAUACGAAGAAAUUGUGCACAAGGUCCAUGAGGUGUCCUCAACACACUGAUGACCAGAGAAAGGAGAUGAGAGCCAAUUUGGAGAUGAAUGAGGGAGGACUCCAGGUAGAUGUCGAUGCUUAUGACGAGACUGAUGGACAACACUUGAGGGACGCCCUCUCCAGGUGGGACAGGGAUGGAUCUAAUCAGUCUAGUCCUGCUGACUCUGCCUCGACAACGUCCAAUUCGUCCUUGACAAGGAAGAGGGAGAGCAAGUCCAAGGGGAAAGGAAAGGGGAGCAAGCGAGAUCGAGGCUCACCAAUUUCACAGAAUGAAUGAAGAGAUUAUCGGGAUUGAACGAGCCAGCAUGUAUUGGUUUUUAAAAGAAUUAAAUUAUUGGGUGUUUUGUUAAAUUUAAUUACUUAAAUUGCUUGGAUAAUUUGAGUUCUAGUAUUAGUAAUUAACAAUUUCAGGAAUUUUUCAGUUGAUUUCUUAUAAGUUAUAGAAGGAAUGUCUUAAACUCGAGAUUUAAUGUACAAAAUGAUAUUAAAUUAAUAAAAUACCAUGAACAAUUG